AUGGGUGUCCAGAGGAAGCCCCAGAAGAGUUUAAUGGAGCUGAUAGAAAAUCAACCUAGAAAAGGUGCAUCAGGGAAAUCCACACAGUCUCAGAUUCUCCCUUCUCUUCCCAAAUCUCCUCCUCCUGCUCCUCAACCACUUCAACCUAUCAAACCUAAACCUACUGAUCCCAAAAGGAAAAAGGAGCAGAAAGGGAAAGAAGUGAUUAAGACCGGGAGAUCUAGUUCGAUCCAUGAAGAAGAGGCUCAACGAGCUGCGAAGCAGCAAAAGGUCAGCCACGCAUCACAACGGGGCCUGGAGAGGUCGGACACUCAGCCUCUAGAGCCACAAGCUUGGCUUCCGGCACCCAUGCAUGGCUGGGAGCCCGUAAGGGAUGAUGCAUCACUCAGGGACUUCAACGGGGGUAUUGGGUUCCACAUUGCCUCGGCUGUGGAGGAGGCCUUGCUGCUUCCAAAAGACACGUCCGACCUGCAGAGCAUGAGGAAGAAUGAGGUCUUCCUUAAUUGUAAAAGAUAUCUGGGCAUGUUGGAAGAUGAGAGGAAAAGACGAACGACAGCUGUGCAAACACUUACCAUUGCUGAAAAUAGCAAUGCUGACCUAAAGAAAAAGCUAGCUAAGGAGCAGCAAGCUCGCCACAGUGCUGACUCGGCCUUGGAUGACGUGGAGCAGAUGGCAGCACUCAAAAAACAACUUGAGGAAGCCCAAACGCUGAAAGAUCAGGCUGAAAAGUCCAAGGCCGAAGCUGAGAAGGCAAGGAUUGAGGCCGAGAAGGCUAGGGACAAGGCCGAUUGGGAUGAAGCCCUUAACCGAGCUAGGGUUGAGGCUUCUUCUGAGUUGAGGAAACCAGAAAAUGUGUUUUACCCUUCUGCAAUACGAGCCUCGAACCUUCCUUCUGCUCAAGAUGAGGAUCCUCCUCUUCCCAGCCAGCAAGGGCCAACAAAAGAACCCGGUGUUUCCCAAGAAGUACCCUCAGACAAGGCUACAGUUGUUCCGGAGGUAGGAGCAGCUUCCCAAGGCUUUCAGCAAGACUUGGCUUCAACUGUCAUGCCCGCUGAAGGAGCCUCCAAAGAUAAAGAAGGAACAACUACCUCAGAGGCAGAUAACCCAGCAAACAAAACUUCCAAGCUUCAGAUCAAGUUGAAGAAAUGA